AGCUGUGGGCGGGGCUGGGCCGGAGCUAUGGGUGAGGCCUCUCCUGGGAGUCGGUACGGGUUGGAGGCGAUCAUGACAGCGGCCGCGGCUGCGGUUGGGCUGGAGAGCAGCCUGAGGGAGUGUUCGUAUGUGUACCCAGCCAGAAUCAUUAAAGAAUUUGAAAGUGUACAAGCAACAUACAGAGAUCUCAUUGUGGAUUUUGACUUGUUCUCUUAUGGAAAUGGAGUUAAGAAGAAGCUGGUUAGAUUGAGAGGUACUAUUCCUGUGACAUGUAAAGGACGAGUUCGUAAAAUCUCAGUGUGCAUCUGGUUACAUACUUUACAUCCUGAUAUGAUGCCAAAGUGCUUUGUAUGGUUACUAACGAAUAAAGGGAUAACUGGAAACUGGGUGGAUAUCAAUGACAUGAUGACUUCACAGUAUCUGAACAACUGGAAAAGUUCAACAUCACAUCUAGUGGGACUUCUGGAAGAUAUAAGAAUAUCAUUUGGAGAGAGAGUACCUCCGCCAAUGCAAUUUGCUGCUAGCCAAAAGCAGAUUACUAUUCCACAAGCCUUUAGUAAUUACGAGCAACAAAGUGACGAUUCUUUUCCUGCUGGAUGGACCAGUAAUUAUGCAGAAGCAAGGCAGUUACUUAGCAGAUCUACUUUACUUGGAACUGGUACAAGAAACAAUGAGAGACAUGUUUCAGGAGAAACACCCUUGCCCACUGGACAGCAUGCUGCACGCAAAACUAAAAAAAAAUCUUACAUAACUGAACUGAUGUCUUUGGACCUUUCCUUUUCAGAAGUUCCUGUCCUGUUUCCUCUCCAACAGGCUGGUCCAAAAGUGGAAAUUAAAAUGGAUCCUGUAGAACAAACUACAGAUCUCUUGGGAAACUUGAAUCUUGAUGCAAUACUUAAUGCAUAUAACAUGAAAACAUCUCUAAAUAAACCAGAUGGAGCACGGGCCAUGUUUUCGUCUGAUCAGAUUGGAUCAGGAGGUGGAGAACACAUCAAAAACUUGUGGAACACACAAAUGUUAAAUUCGAGUAAGAAUAACCGAAAAGUCCAGGUGCUUAAAAUUCCAGCUGGCUUUUCAGCACACAGGAUAAAGGACAAGGUUACCAUACAUUUCCAAAGAAGUAAAAAUGGUGGUGGGGAAAUAGUCCAUCUUCAGUAUCCAACCAGAAUUCCAGGACGUGCUGUUAUUACAUUUGUGGAUGCCCAAGUUGCAGAAAGAGUUGUCCAACAAGAAUGGCAUACAAUUACCAUUGAUGGUAAGGAUGUCUGUAUGCAGCUGAAGCCGUAUAAUGCAAGGGAUGAUAUUACUGAUUUGGCUGGAGGUGCUAAUGCGGUUUUAGUGCGUAGUGAGGAUACUCUGUGGACACACAACCCUCCUAUGAGUUUGCUGUCAACACCUGCUGGUGUGUCACAAGAUAAAUCCAGCCUCUUCCAGAGUCUUGUGAACCUUGAAGACCAGAAUUUCAAUGUUGAAGAUGUGAUUGAAGCUGUAAAAUCUAGUUUAGAUUAUGACUCGGCGCUACGAUUUCUUUCUCAUGAGUGCCCCAUUUGCAGUGACAAUGUUUCUUUUAACAAGAUUGUCAUGAUGACCCACUGUUCCUGUUCCUUCUGUGAAGCCUGUUUUAAGAACUACUUUUCAUCAACCAUAAAGGAGAAAAGUAUUCUGAAUUUGGUUUGCCCGAUGUGCAGUGCACCAGACCUGAACAAUCGAGAGCUCCACGAAGAUAUCACAGAGUAUUUUAAUUUGCUGGAUACUCAGAUUCGGUAUUAUCUUGAUUAUGAAAUUCAUGAGCUAUUCCAGAGAAAGCUUCGAGACAGAACUCUGAUGGAAAUGCCAAACUUCAGAUGGUGUGCAAACUGUUCCUUUGGGCUGCUUCAUGAAUUAGAUCAAUUGAGAAUGGACUGCCCUUCUUGUAAAAAGAGCACGUGUUUCCAGUGCAAGAGUCCGUGGGAGCCACAGCACGAAGGCAUCAGUUGUGAAAGCUUUAAGAAGUGGAAACAGCAGAACAACCCUGAGUAUCAGGCAACCCAACUGGAUACCUAUCUCACUAAAAACGGAAUAGAUUGUCCUAAAUGCAAAGCUCAGUUUGAUUUGUCCAAAGGAGGCUGCAUUCAUUUUUGUUGCUCCGUGUGUCAUUAUCAGUUCUGCGGUGGCUGUAAAAGACCCUUUAAAUUAGGACUAACUUGUGGAUUCUCGAAGAACUGCCAUGCAAAGGGACUACAUGCACACCAUCCCCGAAACUGUUACUAUCACCUCAGAGACUGGAGUGUACAACGAUUACAACAACUACUAAAUAUAAAUGGUAUUUCUGCCUUCACAACCCAUAAAAGCAUUCCAGGAGAGAUUGAAGGUAAAUGUAAGGUUAUGGAGCAGAAAGAUAGUGUCGAGGGGCUGAAAGAUGAGCAGUGUGGACACAACGCAAUAAGAAGUUAUUCUGGGUUUUGCGAGAAACAUUAUAAGCAGUAUUUAGUGGAACUUGCUAAUGAACAUUGCUUAGAUCCAGUUGUAUUAUACAACAAGGAAGAAAUGUUUAGUGAGCUCUAUCGCUGGGAUGUUGCAAUCCCAGACCCAAAUCCGAAUGAGACAGAAGAGAAAUUUAUUCAGAGGCUAAGAAAGAAGAUAAUUGACGAGAUAAAAAGCCCGACAGUCAACAUAUGAAUUGGAAAUCAAAUCAGAUAUUUGCCAGGAUCUAGAAGUAUCGAGUGUGAGCCACAUAGAUGUAAUCUUCAGAUGUAACCUUGAAAAUGCUGUAUUUUAAGAUCUGUGUUGGAGAUUUGUAGAGUGUGCUCAGUUAUGGCUAUCUUUUGUACCAUUCAUGUUAAUUAAAAUUGGGGACCAUCGUCCUUCAAUAUUUACAAAACUGGAUUACUUCCAAACAUUUAAAUAUUUGUCAAUUAAACACAGAAACUAUGUUGAGACUGUAAAAAUAAUUGUACACACGACUAGUGAAUUAAGAUGGUGGCUUCUGAUGAUAUUACAUGCUGUGAAAUAACUAAGAUUACCUUAUGCACUUUCUGUAAAUAUAGAGUUUACUGCUUAACUGAAUUUGCAGAUCCUAUUCUAACAUAAGAUUUUUAAACUAUUUUUCUAUUGCCAGAGAUUACUGUCACUUUUGUUAAUUUAAGUCUAUAUUUUUUCAACUGUUUGAAAUUCUCUUGUACCAUUAUACAAUAAGUGGAGUAUUUGACUGGUUUGAUUGUUUUGAUGUUUGAAAGUACUAGUUGUAAUAGAUUAGAAUUUCCCUGUAAUUUUCUAGUGCAUAGCUCUAAAGUUUUUUAAAUUAACAUUUCAUGAAAAUAUUGCUAAUAUAGCUAGUUAAUUUUGGAAGAAUUGUAAUUAAUCAAAUGAAGUUCACUUGUUUUUUUAGAAAUUAAAUGUAAGUGGCCAUUCUUGUUUGUUUUGGCGGGUCACUCAGCCGUAAGGAACAUCACAGUUGAGCCUCAAAAAAUCUCUCUCUCUUAGUCUGAUACAAAACUAUGUUAAAUGUAUACAUGUUCUUAAAUUAAUAAAGACAAUAAAGGCCA